UUGUUGUCUGCUGUUUCAAGUAAGUAGACUGCUACUCACGUGGGGAAUUACAACGUACAAAAUAUGGAAUCCAUUGAUUGCGACGAUCUGCUUAAUUCCGACGAAGAAUAUGAUGACCUAGAAAGCGGACAAGAGGCAAGCGCGUCGGACGAUGGUGAUUCUUACACAAAAGGAAGCAAUUCUGAUUCUGAUUCUGAUUCUGAUUCCAAUGAAAAAGAAGUUGCAUCUCAAGAUGAAAAAAACGUUGUAUAUGGGAAUUUUGGUUGGGCGGAUGCCAUGUCUAAAGUGCUUAAGUCUUCCAAACCAAAAACGAAAAAGUCUGUCAUUCUAUCGAAAGCCAAAAAAGAUGCAGACAUAAUGAAGAUCAUCUCAGCUCAACAGGAAAAGACUUUAUCAUUUGAGGUUGAAGAAGCAAAAAAAGAAAAUGUUACCAAAAACGAGGAUCCUGAUGUUGUGAGGCGAAGUGCUCAUCUUGAAAAAAUGCUACGCAGACAAAGAAGAAAAGAAUGGGAUCUUAUUGGAAGAGUUAUGCCAUCUGUCACUGAGGAUAGAGAAAGAGAAAGAAUUUUAUCAAAAAUAGCAACCAGGGGUGUUGUACAGUUGUUCAAUUCCGUUAAAAUUCAGCAGAAAACCAUCCAAGACAAAUUAAAGGAAGCGGGGCCAUUAGAGCGCAAGCGCGAAAAAGCAUUGAAAUCUCUAAACAAAGAGGAUUUUUUUGAACUUUUAAAAGGCGGGAAACGUGUCAAAGCAGAGGUAAAAACUGAACGUCCCACCAACGUAAAGCAGGAAGAGGCAACAUGGAGCGUACUGCGUGACGAUUUCAUGCCCGAAGUGUCUAUGCGAGAUUGGGAUAAACAAGAAAGUAGUGAUUCGGAAGAUGUAUAAACGCAUUUGUGAAACAUUCAUACACAUUUUGACUGAUG